AUGCGUUUGGGAAUAACUGUACUUCUCCUUGUGCUACCUCUACUGGUACACAGCCGCUUCUCAGAUUUCGACGCUGUUCCAGCACCUCAACAUGAGCCAGUGAGAUUGAUGGAUGCGAUCUCAGAGGAUGGAAAUGUUGUUUACAGUGAUGAAGUGUCGAGGUUAACCAGUGUCAAGGACAACAACUUCAAAGCAUGUUUCAUCACAGAUUUUGAUCCGGAAUGGAAUUUGGAUAUCAGAGAGAAACAAGCUCUGGUGAACACCCAUGAACCCGAAAUCGUCAGAAGUCCUCUUCAGUUCGAGAACCUAAAGAUACGAACGGGCGAUAUGAUAGCCGGGAUGUGCAAGAAAUCCAAGAUAUACUGGUUAACGGAGACACACUCUCAGCCACUACCAUCAGUCAGGGCAGCUGUAAGUGGUGACUCUGGUUUACCUCCACCAGUAUUUCACCCUGUCGUGCCUGCCAAUGAGGAAUCCCGUGUACAGCCUCAAGCUCCUCUGCAUAUUCCUGCAGCUCCACCAAAGAUACCCGGUCGUAUUCAUGAGCCUGUACAUGUACCACAUCGCCAAGUGGGAGUACCACAGAUGGUCCCGGCUCAUAUGGGAAUACCGCACAAAGUCACAGUGCAUAUGGGAAUACCACAGCAUACACAAAUGCACCCAAUGCGGCCGCAACAAUUCCCGCAAGCACAGCCUGCCCCAGCCCAUGUUCCAGCUUUUCAAGCUCCCCAGCAUGUUCCAGUACAAGCACCACACCAUACUUCCGAACAUAUUCCUGAGCUCGCCGCGUUCCAUGCUCCUGCCCAUGUUGCAGUUCCAGCUCAUAAGGAACCGGCCAUGCUUGUCCCACGACACCUUCCUUUCAUCAGACCACACUUACCCGCACCUGCCGAAGUUCCUGGCAAACGUCACAUUUCACAGCAAGGGCAAGGCCGUCCGAUUGUUGUCCCACAGAGGCUAAGUAUGGAUCGACCUCAGUUAGUGCAUCACCACGAAUGA